CGUACCAAAAGAAUGGGUCCCAAAAGAGGAAAAGAUUUACACCUGCUCCGAUUGCAAAUACGAAAGCAAUCGACGAUUUAAUGUGGAACGUCAUCAACAAAGGAUACAUUGGAACAAGAAGCUAUACGUUUGCUGCGGGACGCAAUUUUACAACAAAGGUGAUUACUACGUGCACUGCGAGUUAACGCAUCCCGAAACGAGGUUACACACAAUCACAUCGAGAUCCAAAUACAAAAUUAUCAACCAAUCGAUCGAUCACACUCCUUCCACACAAAUAACCAACUCGUGUGAAUUGCAUUUCAAACAGAAAUUUUUAGAGAAGACUUGCAUCAAGGACCAAAUAUUAAAGAGACAAUUAAAAACGACAAUGUGUGUGGAGUAUCUGUUCUCCUACAGCGACCUCGACAUUGAAAAUGUACCUCUAAUAAAAUUCUUCACGGAUCGAAAACUGAAAUCUUUCAUGAAUACUUGUUCAAAAUUACCUGUGUUGUCAAACGAAACAAAAUUAAGGAAACAAGAGGUCAACAUUGAAGUGUUGUCUGAGGAAAGGGUUGAAAAAAGCUUGAAAGAUACGAAUAAUCGAACAGAAAUUUCGAAAUUUGCGGCAUUGCCGACGAAGAAACUUAUUUUACAUCGAUUUAGGAGUAAUGUGGUGGAGAAGUACGAAGUUCCUUUGCGAGAACGGAAUAAUAAUUGUAGUAGACAGGUGAAUUUUGCGGAGAAACAAACGGAGGAGAAUACAGCCUUGGUGCUGCAAACUCGAGCGAAAAAGUAUAAGAGAUGUAACAGGGUGAACAAAGAGAAUAUUCCAAAAUUUUCGCUCAAUUUGGAAGAGUUGAAUAUCAAGUUGGAUAAGGACAUUAGGGUGCCUGUUGUCACUCAAUUGCAUCGGGAUUUUUUGGGUGCUAUUGAUUUUGAUAUGUAUAGAAUUUUUUGA